AUGGCCAUGUCUCUCGGUGAUGACACCCUGCUGUGUAACUACCCCAAGUGUCGGGGAAAGCUAAGUGGCUUUGCCUGGGUCACCGCCUGCUCCCAUGUUUUCUGUGAUCAACAUGGAUCCGGCGAGUUUAGCCGCUCUCCUGUCAUCUGCCCGGCGUGCUCCUCUGCUCUGUCCGGAAAGAUGGACAUUAUGAGGACGGAGCUGUCGCCCUCUGAGGAGUAUAAAGCCAUGGUGCUGGCAGGUCUGCGACCAGACAUAGUCUUGGACAUCAGUUCUCGUGCUCUUGCCUUCUGGACCUACCAGGUCCAUCAGGAGCGUAUGUACCAAGAGUACAGUCUAUCCCGCGCUGACACACAGCUGAAGCAGAUGGAGAAAGUUCUGACCCAGCAGAACCAGAGCAGAGAACUAGAACUCACUGCCAUGAGGGGCGAGAUUUCCUCACUGAAGAAAGUGAUGGAGGAGUACAAGAGGAAGUACAGUGAGGUGUCUGAGAGGCUGAUGGAGAGGAACAGGCAGUACCAGAAGCUGCAGGGGCUCUACGACUCCCUGAGGCUGCGCAACAUGGUGGUGGGAGCUGGAGACCGAGAGAUGCCAUCACACCAUGGGAAUCAGGACCUAAACAUUGCGAUGGCACGGCAGGUGACCCCUAAGAGGACCCCUCGGUUCCUCUCCGCUGGCGCCUCUGGUGAAGAGCGUUUCUUCUCCUGCCUGGAGGCCGAUGGAGCCAAGUCCUUCUUCCAGCUCAGCCCUCCAGGAAGGGAGAACCGUCCCUUCAUCAAUAAGCACUGA